CCACAUCACGGCCACGGAAAAGGAAAUUAAAAAGCAAAAAGUAAGAGAAGAGCAGAGCAGAGCACAAUGAACUCAGUCGACUGCGCCACAGUUGUUCUUUCUUCUUCCUUCAUCUUCAAGCCUCUGGCCGAAGUCUUGAGAUCACCGUUGGCGUGAAAAAGAAGGCACGCAGAAGGAAGUGGAACUCCAAAUUUCCUGUCCAUUCGACGUUUUUGGAGACACAAACCGAGACAGUAAAGCAGCAGAGGAAGCUACUCCUGGCGCCGACGCAUGAAUGGAGAAGACCGCCAUGGCUGCCGCGGUUUGGAUGGUCCCAUUGCUACUGGUGUUUGCGCAGUUCAGUGAAGCUAAUGGAGAAGGUUUCGACGUUCGCCAGCAUCUCUCCACAGUGUCCAGAUAUGGCGCUGUCAAAGAUAUCGUUGUCAACAGUACCUUUGUUCCAUCCAAUGCCGUUGAUGGCUGCACUCCAAUUCACUUGAACCUUGUGGCAAGACACGGGACUCGUUCUCCAACCAAGAAGCGGAUGAGAGAAUUAGACAGGUUGGCUUCUCACCUGAAAGAGCUGAUAAGCCAUGCUGAACAAAAUAAAUUGUCUUUGGAUAAGCUUCCUGCCUGGGUGCGGAGUUGGGAGUCGCCAUGGAAAGGUAAAUUGAAAGGAGGAGAGUUGAUUAGUCCAGGGGAGGAGGAAUUGUAUGAUCUUGGAAUGAGGACUCGAGAAAGGUUCCCGCAGUUGUUCGAGGAGCCAUACCAUCCGGAUGUUUACGUGAUAAAGGCUACACAGAUUCCUCGGGCAUCAGCGAGUGCUGUGGCAUUUGGUAUGGGGCUAUUAACCGGGAAAGGGAAACUUGGACCGGCGGAACACAAAGCUUUCGCUGUUACCAGUGAAAGUCGUGCAAGUGAUUUAAUGCUUAGGUUUUUCGAAAGCUGUCAAAGCUACAAGGUCUAUAGGCAAAACAAAGAGCCUUCUGUUGCCGAGCUGAAGGAACCUGUCUUAGAUAAAAUUACUGCUGCACUAGUAAGCCGUUAUGGUUUAGAUUUCACUCGACAGGAUACAGCUUCUCUCUGGUUUCUUUGUAAACAGGAAGCUUCAUUGUUGGACGUUACAAAUCAAGCUUGUGAUCUUUUUAAACCUUCCGAGGUUGAAUUAUUGGAGUGGACGGAUGACUUGGAGGUUUUCUUACUGAAGGGUUAUGGUAAUUCAAUAAACUAUAAGAUGGGCGUGCCAUUGCUUGAGGACAUUGUACAAUCCAUGGAACAAGCUAUUAAGUCACAUGAAGAAAAACAGCCUCCUGGAAGUUAUGAAAAGGCAAGAUUGAGAUUCGCACAUGCUGAGACCGUGGUUCCUUUUUCAUGUCUGCUUGGGCUUUUCCUUGAAGGAUCUGAAUUUAAAAAGAUACAAAAGGAGCAACCUCUAGAUCUCCCUCCCACGCCUCCAAUGAAAAGCCACACAAGAGGCAGUGCUGUGGCACCUUUUGCUGGGAAUAACAUGUUGGUCCUACACAGUUGCCCGGCAUCCUCUUCUUCUAGCAAGUACUAUAUCCAAGUCCUUCACAAUGAGCGUCCCAUCCCAAUGCCAGGUUGUGGUGGUUCUGACGUAUGCCCGUUUGAAGAGUUCAAGGAGAAGAUAGUGAAUCCUCAUCUAAAGCAUGACUACACAGCACUCUGCGCUGUAAAACCAGAACCACUGAACGAGAAGCCCGUGAACAGCAAGUUAUCACUAGCGUUCCGUUGGAUCUUUGGGUGGGGAAGGGAUGCUGAUGCGGAUGAAUUGUAAUUUUGCAGUCACGAAGCCAGUAGAGAAAGAAGGGAAGUACAGUUCCACUGCAGUGAUGCUGUUAUGGGCUGAACUCACUCUUACUUCUGAUGGCGCUACUUUUGUCACGUCACGCCAUCUGAACUGAACAUCUUAAGUUCCUCCACGGAGGAACAAGCAUUGAUUGUAGGUUUAGUCAGAAUGUAACACAUCCCUAGUUAGUAUAAUGUUAGUUUUCUCAAGUCAUUUUCCUUCUGAAAACUUUAUGUAGUCUUCCCAAUAGUUUGCCUAAAGUCGAAUAAAACCCUAACUUCAUGAGAAAAACAAAUGCAAGUUCUUAUGCUCCAUCAUUUGUUACUGGUCCAUCUCCAGGAGGUCAGCUGUGGGAUGAGCUGACUUGCUAUUUGUAAAGCC